CCCCACACUUUUUCUCAGACAGUGCAGAGAAAUAGAAAUAAAAGGCCUCAGUACUUAAGCUCUGUCAGAUGACAGUGGUGAGUAAUGAUGCCUGAGUUGCCACAGCGUCCUUCCUAUAGCCGUCUUCUUGACUGACGUGUGAACAUCUGACCUUGCUUUGCAGAAGGCUGAAGAGAUUGCCGAGGGAGGAGAGUCUGCCCUGGGACCAGAUGGAGAGCCCAUAGAUGAAAGCAGUCAGAUGAGUGACCUGCCCGUCAAAGUGACUCACACAGAAACUGGCAAGGUCCUCUUUGGACCAGAAGCACCCAAAGCAAGUCAGCUGGACGCCUGGUUGGAAAUGAAUCCCGGUUACGAAGUUGCCCCCCGAUCUGACAGCGAAGAGAGCGAUUCUGAUUACGAGGAGGAGGAUGAAGAAGAAGAGUCCAGUCGGCAGGACACGGAAGAGAAAAUACUUCUGGAUCCAAACAGCGAAGAGGUUUCUGAAAAGGACGCCAAGCAGAUCAUUGAGACAGCCAAGCAGGACGUGGACGAUGAGUACAGCAUGCAGUACAGCGCCAGGGGCUCCCAGUCCUACUACACGGUGGCCCACGCCAUCUCUGAGCGGGUAGAGAAGCAGUCGGCCCUCCUCAUUAAUGGGACCCUGAAGCAUUAUCAGCUCCAGGGCCUGGAAUGGAUGGUUUCCCUGUAUAAUAACAAUUUGAACGGGAUCUUAGCGGAUGAAAUGGGGCUAGGGAAGACCAUACAGACCAUUGCACUCAUCACUUAUCUGAUGGAGCACAAAAGACUCAAUGGCCCCUAUCUCAUCAUUGUUCCCCUUUCGACUCUGUCUAACUGGACAUAUGAAUUUGACAAAUGGGCUCCUUCUGUGGUGAAAAUUUCUUACAAGGGCACUCCUGCCAUGCGUCGCUCCCUUGUCCCCCAGCUGCGGAGUGGUAAAUUCAAUGUCCUCCUGACUACUUAUGAGUACAUUAUCAAAGACAAGCACAUUCUUGCCAAGAUUCGGUGGAAAUACAUGAUCGUGGAUGAAGGCCACCGAAUGAAGAAUCACCACUGCAAGCUGACUCAGGUGUUGAACACUCACUAUGUGGCCCCCAGAAGGAUCCUCUUGACUGGGACCCCGCUGCAGAAUAAGCUCCCAGAACUCUGGGCCCUCCUUAACUUCCUCCUCCCCACCAUUUUCAAGAGUUGCAGCACAUUUGAACAGUGGUUUAACGCUCCAUUUGCCAUGACUGGAGAAAGGGUGGACUUAAAUGAAGAAGAAACUAUAUUGAUCAUCAGGCGUCUACAUAAGGUGUUGAGACCAUUUUUACUGAGGAGGCUGAAGAAAGAAGUUGAGUCCCAAUUGCCAGAAAAACUCCACCUUUUCCAGAAUGUCAUGGGGAUGGAGUCAGACAUCAUGUCUCAUCAUCACACCUUUUGCAUCUGGAUUUCUUCACCCAGUGUAACGUGUUUGAGCUCCAUCCAAGUUGUUGCCCGUAUCCGUGGUUGUCUCGUUUUUACUGUUGAGUUAGUAUUCUCAUCUAUGGACGCGCCAUAGCGGGUCUGUCCAUUCAGUGGAGGGGAUGGUUGGGUUGUCUCUGGCUUCUGACAAUUAUGGAUGCAUCUGCUGGACACGUGGUGCAUAGGUUUUCUUUUCACUGGAGUAAAGACCCAGGGGCAGGCUUGCCGGGUCCUAUGGUAAGUGCACACGUAGCUUUACAGGAAACUUCUGGAACCAUUGUGCAUUUGCACCAGCAAUGUCUGAGCCUUGCAUUUCCUCCACGUUCUCGUCCGUCCUCAUCGGGUGCCGUCCGUUUUCUUGACAUUUUUAGCUAUUUCAACAGGUGUGCACUGGUAUUGUGUAAUAAAUUUGCAUUUUUCUAAUGUCCA